AUGACCAAGUUCGUUUUGGAUGAAUUGGAAGUACCUCUUACUCGAGCUGGCUUGCAGAUUCCUGUACGGGCUACCAAGUUCGGGAUUGUCCAGAGCCACUUUCAUUUCUUCUCCAUAUUGGAGAAGUAUAAUCCCGAGACCUCGUUGUUGGCUGGGUUCUUGAUGCUGUGGCUCAAGCGUUGCGUCGUUCCUACUAGGCUGGUCGACGCCCUCGCUGUUGAGGUGAUCUACCCGGCUGUCCUUUUGGCCCAUGGGAAACCUGUGAGCCUCCUUCAUGCCAUGACAGAACUGAUCUUCAGAUGCUUCAUGAAUCGGAGUAACCUGGGUGAUGAAACUCUCUGUGUUUUUCAAAGCUUCAAUCAGAGCUUCUCUGGUGGUUUUAGACAACUUCAAGAGCUCAUAAAGGGUGAUCCUGGCAGGAUUCCAGCUAAGGUGACACAGUUUGGGGAUAAAGUGGUUUUGGAUACAGAUGCCUUAGAUAAAGUUAGCAACACCGAGGAAGGGUUGAAGAUAGCAGGUGAAGGGACUGAGAAAAUGCAGGCCAACGCGAUCACAUCCAUAGAGAUCAACCUUAGCUAUGAUCUGACAGCGGCAAACUACGUGAGCAAGAUCGAGAAGAUGCGUCAGGACUUAGCAGAGACUUGGACACGCAAUCGUCCUGUACUCCCCACUGUACUCGACGAAAAGGAUCCUGAUUUUGAGAAGAAGCUCACUUGGUACGACAUUGUACUGGUUUUCAAUAAUGGGAAGAGUAGGGUCAGGCUGAGGAUCCGACGCGACCAGCUCUACUUUCAGGGCUUUCGCGUGAACGACGCCGGUAAAUGGUUCGAGCUCGGGAUUGAGGGAACAGAUAAGCACCUCAUCGAUAAAGAAUCAACACUUCUUGGUUUCGGGCAUAACUACACUGCCCUGUUACGCGCAGCUGGCUUCGACGCAACAGGAGGUCUUACUGAAGUCACCCUUGGGCGUGAGAAGCUCAUAAGCGCAGCACAAUGGCUUGAAAACCCACCAACCGUCAAGAAAAGAGCCGAAGCGCUGCUCAUUGUGAUUGUUAUGUUCUGUGAGUCUACGAGGUUUGUUCCGAUUAGUAGCUAUCUGAGGAGGACAUGGCAGCAAAGCCUGAAAGCCCCCGAAUGGCUCGAGAAACUAGUCCAUCGGUGGGGAGAGCUCUCUGGAUGUGUUUUGUUCUAUGAUGCUAAUCCUACCCAAAAAUGGGUUCCUCAGGAACUUGUGGUUGAGGGACCAGCACCGGAUUUUAAACCAGUAAAGGUUGUGGCUCGAACCGUCGAUGAACUGCUGGGAUAUCUUGGCAUUCUGCAGAGGGAUCCGAGUACUAUCGUUCCUCCUAAGCCAUAGGAUGUGGCUGAGUGAUAUCCUGUGGACUUUAAUAAUAAUGCUAUAUAUGGAAUAAAUGUGAGCCUGCUAAGGUUUCCAUGGGUUCGGAGUGAUGUUGUGCUCCGGUGAAGUCUAAAGUCUUUUUUCUGAGCUACUG